AUGCGUUCCAGAAGCAGUGACACAGAGGGCUCAGCCCCAAAGCAGUUUCCAAGACAUAGUAAAGGCCACAGUUUCCAAGGGCCUGAGGACAUGAAGCAGAGGCAGCAAGACAAAGACCCCACCAGUGAGUCGGAGGCAAUUCUUCCCUGUCCUAAGUCACACGGUGGUAUCGGUCACCAAGGAGAGGACCUCUCAAGAGAUGAUCUAUUAUUUCUUCUGAGCAUUCUGGAAGGAGAACUACAGGCUCGAGAUGAAGUCAUAGGCAUUUUAAAGGCUGAAAAAAUGGACUUGGCUUUGCUGGAAGCUCAGUAUGGGUUUGUCACUCCAAAAAAGGUGUUAGAGGCUCUCCAGCGAGAUGCUUUUCAAGCAAAAUCUGCCCCUUGGCAGGAGGACAUCUAUGAAAAACCAAUGAAUGAGUUGGACAAAGUCAUGGAAAAACAUAAAGAAUCUCAUAGACGAAUCCUGGAACAGCUUUUAAUGGCAGAAAAAUCUCACAGGCAAACCAUAUUGGAGUUGGAGGAAGAAAAGAGAAAACAUAAAGAAUACAUGGAGAAGAGUGAUGAAUUCAUAAGCUUACUAGAACAGGAAUGUGAAAGAUUAAAGAAGCUAAUUGACCAAAAAACUGAGUCCCAGGAGAAGAAGGAGCAAGAAAAGGAAAAGAAGGUCACCGCCCUGAAAGUGGAGCUGACCAAACUGAAGUCUUUUGCUUUGAUGGUGGUGGACGAACAACAAAGGCUGACGGCACAGCUUGCCCUUCAAAGACAGAAAAUCCAAGACCUAACCACAAGUGCGAAGGAAACACAUGCUAAACUAGCCCUCACUGAAACCAGAGUUCAGGAAGAAGAGCAGAAGGCGAACAGACUAGAGAAAGAACUGCAAACACAAACCACAAGGUUUCACCAGAACCAAGAAACAAUUAUGGCAAAGCUCACCAAUGAGGACAGCCAAAAUCGCCAGCUUCGACAAAAAUUGGCAGCACUCAGCCGGCAAAUCGAUGAAUUAGAGGAGACAAACAGGUCUUUACGAAAAGCAGAAGAGGAGCUACAAGAUAUAAAAGAAAAAAUUAACAAGGGAGAAUAUGGAAACUGUGGUAUCAUGGCUGAGGUAGAGGAGCUCAGAAAACGUGUGCUAGAAAUGGAAGGGAAGGAUGAAGAACUCAUAAAAAUGGAGGAGCAGUGCAGAGAUCUCAAUAAGAGGCUCGAAAAGGAAACAUCACAGAGUAAAGACUUUAAACUUGAGGUUGAAAAACUCAAUAAAAGGAUUAUGGCUUUGGAAAGAUUAGAAGAUGCCUUCAACAAGAGCAAACAAGAAUGUUAUUCCCUGAAAUGCAAUUUAGAAAAAGAAAGGAUGACCACAAAGCAGUUGUCACAAGAACUGGAGAGUUUAAAAGUAAGGAUCAAAGAGCUAGAAGUCAUUGAAAGUCGGCUGGAAAAGACAGAAUUUACCCUAAAAGAGGACUUAACUAAAUUGAAAACGUUAACUGUGAUGCUGGUAGAUGAAAGAAAAACAAUGAGUGAAAAAUUAAAGCAAACUGAAGAUAAGUUGCAAGCUGCUUCUUCUCAGCUUCAAAUGGAGCAAAAUAAAGUGACGACGGUUACCGAGAAGUUAAUUGAGGAAACAAAAAGGGCACUAAAGUCCAAAACUGACGUGGAAGAAAAAAUGUACAGUGUCACCAAGGAGAGAGAUGAUCUGAAAAACAAACUGAAAGCAGAAGAAGAGAAAGGAAAUGAUCUCCUGUCCAAAGUUAAUAUGUUGAAAAAUAGGCUUCAAUCAUUGGAAGCAAUUGAGAAAGAUUUCCUAAAAAACAAAUUAAAUCAAGAUUCUAGUAAGUCCACCACAGCAUUACACCAAGAAAACAAUAAGAUUAAAGAGCUCUCUCAAGAAGUGGAAAGACUGAGACUGAAGUUAAAGGAUAUGAAAGCCAUUGAGGAUGACCUUAUGAAAACAGAAGAUGAGUACGAGACUCUAGAACGUAGGUAUGCUACUGAACGAGAUAAAGCUCAAUUUUUAUCUGAAGAGCUGGAACGAGUUAAAAUGGAACUUGACAAGUACAAGUUAGCAGAAAAGACAGAGUCCAGCCAUGAACAAUGGCUUUUCAAAAGGCUUCAAGAAGAAGAAGCUAAGUCGGGACACCUCUCAAGAGAAGUAGAUGCAUUGAAAGAGAAAAUUCAUGAAUACAUGGCAACUGAGGACCUGAUAUGUCAUCUCCAGGGAGAUCAUUCAGUUCUGCAAAAGAAACUCCAUCAACAAGAAAACAGGAACAGAGAUUUAGGAAGAGAGAUUGAAAACCUCACUAAAGAGUUAGAGAGGUAUCGGCAUUUCAGUAAGAGCCUCCGGCCUAGCCUCAAUGGAAGAAUUAUCUCUGACCCUCAAGUAUUUUCUAAAGAAGUUCAGACAGAAGUAGUAGACAAUGAGCCACCAGAUUACAAGAGUCUCAUUCCUCUGGAACGAGCAGUCAUCAAUGGUCAGUUAUAUGAGGAGACUGAGGACCAGGAUGAGGACCCUAAUGAUGAGGAAUCAGUGCUGUCCUUCAAAUGCAACUCAUCUACCCCCUGUCCUGUUAACAGGAAACUAUGGAUUCCUUGGAUGAAAUCUAAGGAGGGCCAUCCUCAGAAUGGAAAAAUACAAACUAAACCCAAUGGCAACUUCAUGCAACCUGGAGAUCUAGUCCUAAGCCACACACCUGGGCAGCCACUUCAUAUAAAGGUUACUCCAGACCAUGUCCAAAACACAGCCACUCUUGAAAUCACAAGUCCAACCACAGAGAGUCCUCACUCUUACACAAGCACUGCAGUGAUUCCAAACUGUGGCACCCCAAAGCAAAGGAUAACCAUCCUCCAAAAUGCCUCCAUAACACCGGUGAAAUCCAAAACUUCUGCUGAAGGCCUCAUGAACUUAGAGCAAAGCAUGUCCCCAAUUACCAUGGCAACCUUUGCCAGAGCACAGACCCCAGAGUCUUGUGGUUCUAUAACUCCAGAAAGGACAAUGUCACCUAUUCAGGUUUUGGCCGUGACUGGUUCAGCAGGCUCUCCUGAGCAGGGACGUUCCCCAGAGCCGAUAGAAAUCAGUGCCAAGCAUGCGAUUUUCAGAGUCUCUCCUGACCGGCAGUCAUCAUGGCAGUUUCAACGUUCAAACAGCAACAGUUCAAGUGUGAUAACUACUGAGGAUAAUAAAAUCCACAUUCACUUAGGAAGUCCUUACAUGCAAGCUGUGGCCAGCCCCGUGAGACCUGCCAGCCCUUCAACACCACCACAGGAUAACCGAACUCAAGGCUUAACUAAUGGGGCACUAAACAAAACAACCAAUAAAGUCACCAGCAGUAUUACUAUCACACCAACAGCCACAACUCUUCCUCGACAAUCACAAAUUACAGUAAGUAAUAUAUAUAACUGA